UUUGUGUUAAAUACAUAUAGCUUGCAAUUAGGGGUCCAUAAUAUAGUUAUUCUCAAUGAUUGGGAGGCAGUAAAGGAUGCCUUUCAAAAGGACGCCUUCUUAGACCGACCCAAAGACAGUCCAUUCACUAUUGUAGACAUCGAUAGCAGUUUUGGCAAUGAUAACGGGCUCUUAUGGAAAGAUCACCGGAGGUUUGCGUUACAAACUAUGCGAGACUUAGGGUUUGGAAAGAGAAGUAUGGAGGAGAGGAUUGCCAAUGAGAUCACGCAUUUCACUAAACUUAUCGAUCAAACCGAUGGCCAGGGAUUCAAUUUUCAUAAACUUCUGACUCCGAGUAUGUCUAACAAUAUCUGUCAUCUGGUAUUUGGACACCGGAUGGACUUCAAUGAUCCCAAACGUAUUAUAUUUGAUAAUGUGUUGGAUAACAACGCGGCGCUGUUCUCAAUGCUCGGAGAAAUAGAGUCACACCAGAAGACAAUGGAUCCAAACAAUAAACGUGAUUAUAUCGACGGAUUCCUCAAUGAAAUGAAAAUCAGACAACAAAAAGAUCCCAACACUAGUUUCACGAUUAAUAAAUUAUCAGCGAAUAGCAAAUCCUUCUUCUUUGGGGGCAGUGAUACUGUGCGGACAGCAGUCGAGUGGUUAGUAUUAGUGGCCGUAAAACACAAAGGCAUUCAAAAGAGAUUACACGAAGAGAUCGAUGAUGUGAUCGGUAGAGACCGGAGCCCCACGUGGGCUGACAGGCUUGACAUGCCUUAUGUUCAGGCAGUCAUUAAUGAAGUGUUUCGUUGGAGAACUAUUGUACCAUUGAAUUUAAUGAGAAGCGCUUCUGAAGACGCGUAUAUUUUGGGUCAUUUCAUACCCAAAAACACCAAAAUAAUGGCUAAUAUAUGGGCUGUCCAUUACGAUCCCAAAGUAUGGAACAACCCUGAUCAAUUCAAUCCCAAUAGAUUUUUAACACCUGAUGGCAAACAUUUGAUUAAAACCGAAGCUUUGAUACCCUUUUCUUACGGUAAACGCAAUUGUGUUGGCGAGACAUUAGCACGAGUGGAGGUAUUCUUGUAUUUCGUUUCACUUUUACAAAGAUAUACAAUAAGUGCCGAAAACGAAGAGAUGUUGUCAUUAGACGACAGAUUUGGGCUAACAUUACAGCCAAAGGAAUCGUUUAUUCUUAGGUUUCAAAAACGAUUUUAAUCAAUA